UACUAUGUGCGGUGUGAAAAGAAAACAAUUAAGGAAAGUGCUAAAAUGGUUUGGAAGGAAAUAUUGCCUUUUUGGGAAAGAGCACGUAUUCCAACAUUAAACAAAAGAAUAUGUGACGAUAAAUUGGUGAAAUUAUAUGAUGAGUAGAGAACAGUACAGAAAUUUUGUUAAUCUUCGUUUCCUAGUUCUCGUAAAAAGGAAAAUGAUUUCAAUGAUAAUUUGAACAAUUUAUUCGAUAUUGCUCAUGCUGAUGCUUUAGAAAUGAUAGCUAUUCCUGAGGACCGAGACUUUUUAAUUAAACAAAGAGAGCCAGGUCGUGUUGGGAGCAUGAUUUCUAUAGAUCAAUGUCUCGCAAAUAAAGAAAAACGGAAGGCGCAAAGGUUAGAAGAAGAAAAUCGACGCAGAGAGUAUCAAAGAUUGGAAAGCACUCAAGAGUUGAGUGUAGACUAUGAUGUAAGUGAUGAAAGUAAAUGUGAGUCUGAAAAAUCUGUAGAGCAGUUGAUGAUCGUAUCAAACGCCAACGAGCUGAAAAAAAGUGGUAAAAAAAGCUUCAUAGAUGAUAGAAUGCUUGCUUGCAUGGAUGCUGGCAAUAUGUCAACCCCACUCGCAACUCAUUUUAUUAUUGCAACAGCUAAAGCUUUGGGUCGCAAUAUUGAAGAUCUGGUUAUUAAUUGUACAAGUUUGAGAAAACAGCGCAAGGAAUAUCGUCGGCGUCAUGGUACAGAAAUUAUUGAGAAUUUCAAGAUCCCUGAUACAUUUGUGUUACACUGGGACGGUAAACUACUUCCUGCAAUGACUGGAAAGGAAAAAGUAGAACGCCUAGCUAUUGUUUUAACGGCAGAUAAUAUAGACAAAUUAAUUUCCAUUCCAAUUAUUGAAUGUGGAACUGGUGAAGCAAUCGCCCAGUCCAUAUAUAAUUACUUAGAAAAAAUGAAUAUGAUAAAUUCGGUGGAAAUGGUAUGCUUUGACACGACAGCUACAAACACUGGUAAACGUAACGGUGCUGGAAUGUUACUGAAACAAAAAUUGAAACGUAGCUUGUUGUGGUUGCCAUGCAGGCAUCAUAUUGCAGAAAUCAUACUACGAGCUGUAUUUGAAAUAUAUUUUGGAAAAUCUUAUGGCCCGGAAGUUGCCAUAUUUGAACGUUUUUCGCGGGAAUGGAACACUUUCAAUUUAAAAGAUCUUUCAAUUGGAAUCAUGGAUGAAGAAGUGCGACGUGCUAUAAAUGCAGAGGAAUGUGAAGCCAAUAAAGAAUUUUGCAUCAAAAAUAUAGCAAAAGACUACAUUCGCCAUGAUUACAAAGAGCUAUUGCAACUCAUGUUUAUUUUCUUAAGUGGCAGCAUCCCGAACUUUUCCUUCAUGCACCUGGCGCGACGUCACAUGCCAAGUUUAUGUCAAAAGUGA